ACCGGUGCCUUGGGUACAGAGUUCCGGACCCCUAGGAAAUCGCAGGUCGCGGGGAGCAGCAGAGAGAAGGGGGUGGGAGAGGGGGAAAAAAGGCAAGGAAAAAAAAGCCCCUGCGCAUUGAUCCGCGCCGUAUUUUUGGGUAAAUACGAUCACGUGGGGGCCGGGGAGCCAAUGAGCUGCGGGGAAAAGGCUGGAAAAAUAAUUACCUGCCUUGAUUGUUCUGUGAGCAGAUAAAAAGUACAUAUACAGUUCAUACAAUAAUCUUAUGUAUGUAAAACCCCGUUACGAUGUCGGCGACGGGGCCCAUCAGUAACUAUUACGUGGACUCGCUCAUCUCUCACGACAAUGAAGACCUCCUAGCGUCCAGGUUUCCGGCCACGGGGGCUCACCCCGCCGCCGCCAGACCCAGCGGUUUGGUGCCGGACUGUAGCGAUUUUCCGUCCUGUAGCUUCGCGCCCAAGCCGGCAGUGUUCAGCACGUCGUGGGCGCCCGUGCCCUCGCAGUCGUCCGUGGUAUACCACCCGUACGGCCCCCAGCCCCACCUCGGCGCCGACACGCGCUACAUGCGGACUUGGCUCGAGCCGCUGUCCGGCGCCGUCUCCUUCCCCAGCUUCCCGGCCGGGGGCCGUCACUACGCCCUCAAGCCGGACGCCUACCCAGGGCGCCGCGCGGACUGCGGCCCAGGCGACGGCCGCAGCUACCCGGACUACAUGUACGGCUCGCCCGGGGAGCUGCGCGACCGCGCCCCGCAGACACUACCCUCGCCCGAGGCGGACGCGCUCGCCGGCAGCAAGCACAAAGAGGAGAAGGCUGACCUGGACCCCAGCAACCCCGUGGCCAACUGGAUUCAUGCCCGCUCCACGAGGAAGAAGCGCUGCCCCUACACCAAGUACCAGACGCUGGAACUGGAGAAGGAGUUUCUUUUCAAUAUGUAUUUAACCAGGGACCGUCGGUAUGAGGUGGCCCGGGUUCUCAAUCUCACCGAGCGGCAGGUCAAAAUCUGGUUUCAGAACCGAAGGAUGAAGAUGAAAAAGAUGAAUAAAGAGAAAACCGACAAGGAGCAGUCCUAAACCCUGCCCAGCCUGCUGCCUCAGCACAGCCAAGGGAAAAACAAAAACCCCACAAAAUACCCCAACACAGGCGGGGAAGAGACGAAAAAGAAAAGGAAAGAGCAAGAUAGACAAAAGCCAAUCAGCUUAAAAAGAAAAAAAAGGAAAGGGAAAAGAAAACUCUUGCGAUUUGGGAGGGUUCAGUGUUGAGAUAUUGGUGUUUUAGAGUUAGUUCUACCCAGCGAGGAGGAGGCGGGGAGAAAAACUGCGUUCUCUUUCCCCAGCGCAACCGAAAUAAAUGACACACACAAAUGUGAUUUUUUUC